AUGGCAUCCCAAGUCCCGCCCUCGACGAAGCCAACGCCCGACGCGUUCAAGCCCCUGCCCCCCGCCGCGGACCUGUACGAGCCCGAAGACUACCGCCUCACCUUCCAGGAGCACAAGAGCCACACGGGCGCGAGCAAGUUCAAGGAUCCCUGCGCAAAGGCGAGCAAGGCGAGCCUCCAGUGUCUCGAGCAGACGCGGUAUAACCGCGGCGAGUGUUACGAGUACUUCAAGGCGUACCGGGAAUGCAAGAAACGGUGGGUCGAGCAGCGCAAGGCGGACAACGCUGGCGUUCCGCGACCACAGUCGAGCUAG